AUGCAUAAAGAAAAAAAAUACCAUUCUAAGACCGGAGAGAUCGGACGUGUGAAAGCGUCAUGCAAUGCCGACGUGUCCUCAUACACGGGGCUCAUAAUCCUGAGGGAGAUUGGAAGUAACGGCGCGGGCGGCUGCACGCACGCAAGACGCCCAGUUGCUGAAAUAUCUCGCUCAGCGCGAGUCAAAAAUAGUACAGAAUCGCGCCCGCGCGCCACUCCGCUGCAUACAAAAGUGGCGAGCCGCUCGGCCAGCACCUCGCCUUAUCAAAUUUCCCUGCCCACACCGCCGCCCACGCAUACAACCCGACAAGCCCCCGCAUGCGUUAGUAUGUUAGCACAGGCCUGCGAUGUUAGACGAGUUAUCAACUUCACUUAA